CAGCAUGUUGUGUUUGUGCUUAUCAGCCUGGUGCAGGCCCAGUACUGGCACGACCCCUUAAAUGAUGACCUGUACAGGAAGUACAGCCUCUUCCUGGCCGACAUCAAUCAGGAGAGGGUUGUAAAUGAGACGUACAAGAAGAAUCUUCAGUUGCUGGACAAGUUCGUCAUGGUUAAGUUCCUGCAGGACACGGUGGUGGAUCCUGUUGAUUCGGAGUGGUUCGGCUUCCUGAAAACCGGCCAGGCCAAAGAGACCGAAACUCUGCAGGAGAGCGUUCUCUACAAAGAGGUAAAUGUGUUGAUGUCUCCUCAUCCAUUCAUUCAUUUGUUUUAUUUAAACCGCUUAACUCUUUCAAACCUGGAUCGUCAUCACUUUUCUUGUGCUGCAUCGAGAUACCUUUCACAG